UUUAGCGGAAAUACACGAACCUGCAACGUUGCACCCGGGGGUAAUCGGGAACCUUCGGUAACUUUCGAGGAUACGGAAAAAGGGGCUGGGAACGUCGACCUCGUACUUUUAGGGUAGAAAAACCUCGAGGCAUCCACUACACCAUCCCCGUCGUCUUAUCACUACGACGCAACCCCUCGGGACUCCUCUUUGUGAAUGGGAUACGUGUCUUGGUUUUACGUUCCUUGUAACGUACUUAUAGGCUUCCCACCUACAACGACGUGUCCGUAAUAUUACAUGCUCAUCGAGAUAUGGACAGAGUUACUUUUGGCUCACACGAAAUCAACUACUGUCCAAGAGCAACUGCUGUAAUGCAUACACGUUGAUUGAAUAUAAACCGAUCAAUCAGUUGACGAAUGUCCACUGAUCGGUGGACAUUCAGUGCGUAAGCCCCGAGCUUCCAAUUCUAAUUUUUUCGUCCAUGAAACUCUACUUUGUCCCCGUUUUACCAGUGCUUGAGGAACUGGAACCCAAUUUCCUAGAAAUCUCGUUUAUAUUCACAAAAUUCAUGGAAUAACAAUCUUUGUUCACUUCCAACCUUUUUUCAUCAUACAUAUGUACAUGCACUCAUUGUUCUUGAACGAAACCUGUGCGAACCUUAAAUUUUUUCACGUUUCCACGAAAACCUUCAUCGUCGAACAGGUCUCGGCAUGUUGGAGCAAAAGCUCGUUAUCUAUCUCUCUCGUUCGAUCUCUCUCUAUACGUCGUUCUAUCUAUGAAUAGUGUGGUGCGUCGGUGUUGAUACCACGAGAAGGUACGAACAUUCGCGAAGGCCCCACCUCCGUUGGUGAAGAAAGGAGGGGGCGGCAUUGCAUCGUCCUCGACGGAGGUAGCGUCGCAAAGUGGAUGGAGAGGGAGUAGAAUACCGGUCGGGGGUGGGAUUGAGCAUAGCGAGCUGGGGUUUCAUUUUACUCGACGCAGCUUCAGUUGUAAAGAGGCAGUGGCGGUGACGAGGUCGGUUAGACAAAGGCGGGCGAUGAGACAACGGAUAGAAUUAAGGGUGGAUGGAUGGAAGUCGGGCGGGAGGGCGCGCGCGGUGACGAUGAUUAGGGUAUGCAUAUAAGCAUGCCCCCCGGAGGAUUACCAGGUUGUUAAUUGUUGCCAAUGCGGCUAGCUGGUGGCUGGCCUCUCGUUUUUUUGUCUACGUGAAAAGAGCGAGAACGAAGCCACCCACGUAAUAGGAAUAAAAAGAAUUGUUGAAUAAAGCGGGUGGUGGGGGUGGGUGGGGGGGGAUUUGGGGAUUCAUCUGUGUGGCGGUCGAUCGAGUUGUUGAAAAAGGAAGGAAAAAUAAAUGAACGAAUAAUACACCGUCUAUUGGGUAGUGGUGGAAGUUUUAGAUUCCCCAGUUAUUUAUAAGAUGGUCAAACGUGAACCGGGAAAAAGGUAGGAGGGCAAAAAAAGGAAGAGGUGAAGAUCAACGAAUGUAAAAUGCCGGCUGUAUUUUCGGCCAAUCUGUCGCUGUUGUAUCGUUGACUUGCCGAUUUUAUGCGGUCGCUGAGCUACGCAUUUUAUACUUACAGUCAUUUAAAAAACCGGAACUUCACGUCUGUAAAUCGUUGAUGGUUGGUAAUCAACAGUCGUCCUACAAAGUUUUAGGAGUUUGAACAGCAGAAUCAGAAACUUUAUUGGAUAAAUCGUCGACCCGUGAUUAUUAUUCGAUGUCGGAUUGACGGCGUUUAUAGAAAUCAUGUAGAAUUAUAAACUGUGACAUAUUCAAGGAUGGAUUAUACGCUGCUUCGAGGAGAAGCGCUACUGGGCAUAUCGACGCUUUAAGUGUUCGGUAUGGAAGACGAAAAUCUACCGGAACUAUAUUUCCGGUUUUUCAGUGACGAAAUACAGAUCACUAAAAGAACGCAACACUAAUCAAUGAAUAAAGUAUGUAAAGUAAUCUUAACAACAAUGGUGAAGAGAAAAUCCUUAAACUUGUACAGAAAUGAAGUAAAUCUGUAAAUAACUGUAAAUCGCAAUUUUUCAAGUAGCACACACUACAUUCAAUUUGCCAUAACAGUAAGUCUUGAUACAAUUAACAAGCUGUAAUAAAGAAUGUGACAAAAUUGAUCUCGAUGAGGAGAAAAAAUAAAAAGAGUAAUACAAGAAAAACUGAACGACUCUCUGAUACAUACGUCUCUGCAGGUCUGAAGGUGAAGUUUUAAAAUUAGUACGUCGAUGGCGUUGGAUGAAAUGUGCAAAAUCGUAUAAAUAUCGUCUAUUUUGGCUGGAUGUACGCCUAUUAAAUGCAUGUCCAAGUUAUUCUAAGAAAAUUGAACCGUAAGACUAGGAAAGGUAAAAACGAGCACAACCAGUGCCCACAUGCAACGGCAGUCGUCGUAACCCGGCGAUCCAUCAGAUUCUAAUCUUCUAUAAGUUGGUGGUUGGUGUCUAAAAUUUACCGCGUGCACUCUCCUCGACUAAUUUAUUCUUAAAGUUGAAACGGCAACUGCAGAACUGCUCGUCUGACAAGCGGUAGCGUGUUUGGUCCUAAUAUCUGUCAUCUUCGUUCUACCACCCGACGGUCGACACACAAUGGGUCUAGUUGCGUUCCAUUCCCAACUAACAAUAAGUCACUACUUUUUCAUCGGCCUGACGUAACUCCUUACAUCGUAACGAAAGCAGAAGUAAAACGAAACAAAAUAAAGCGAAACGUAACGGCACGCGGCACACAUCGGACUUAAGAAGUAGUUAAAUAUUUUGAUUACAUGAAUUGAUCACUUUUAACGAACGUUGUGCACCGCACAGAUACACAGAAUACUGAAUACACAAAAAUAUGAAGUAUAAUAAAAUGGAAUGAAAUAAAAUAACAAUCUUCGUCUAGGAAUAUAAAAUGACGUGUGAUAUGAUAUCCUAAGGUAAUUCCUUGUGCUGCAUUGGUAUAAAAUAGUGCGUGAAAAUUAUUACCUAAAUAUUCAAACUCCGAAAAAUGAUUUUGUCUUACCUAAUACAAUAAUUAACUACAAAAGCAAAAAAACAAAAAAAAAUGAGAAAAAAAUCGAUAAGCAAGAAACAAUAAUAAUAGAUUUAUCAAUUGAAAAAACAGAAAAAUUGUGGUGGCAGUAUAUUAAAGUAAAAUUAGUGAACUAUGCUGAAGUUUCUAACGCACAAACUACGAACUCAUUCGCUGAACGAGGAUCCGAAUCAGGAGAAGACCGACGAUGACCAUGACUCGGGAACGGAGUCGGACGAUGAGCUUCAGGUUGGCAGCGAAGAUCCUCCCAGCUUUAUGGAGAGCGUGGGGACUCCUGGACCUCCGGACAGUGCGGUACCUUCGGACACCGAUUUGGGUGCCCCCUGUAUACCAUCUAAAAUCGGAUUCGCGAAUCGUGAGGAUAUCGAGGACGUUGUUAACGACGAUGGAAUCGUAUCGCUGCAAGCUCAAACUCAGUCUCAGCAGUCUGGUCUUCAAAGUAAUCAGUUUCAGGCAACGAGUAGUAACGAUGGUUGUAUUACGGGUGCAGCUGUUGCUGCAUGUGGUAGUUCCGGUGUUUCGAAUACAGCAAGCCAAUCAAGGAGAGCUGAUCUCCUGUUACUGUUGAACUACAACGACCAACAUAGUUCCGAAGAGGAACUUGAGGUAAUCAACAGUCCCAGGACGAUAUCAAGCCAGUCGUGUAGGCCGGCUACAGCACCUGAAAAAAGAAAAUGGUCACAGGUCAGUUGUGGUUCGAAUCACGCGAGGAGUCCAUCGCAAACCCAACUGCAAUUAAUUCACCAUUCUCAAACAACUUCUGCGAUCGUUGGAGGUGCCACGUCAUCGGCACCGGCCAGUAGAGCAGGAAGAGAACCUGCAGGCUCCGGAUCCAGCGAUGAAGAGGUGCAGGGUCUCCUGGGUGAUUCCAUGUCACAGCCAGUGCAGUUUCGUACAUCGCCUCCGGUUGACGCGCAUAAGCCUGGUAGAUCUCUGUCCCCACCUCCAAAAUUGUUCCAUGCGUCAGUCAGAGAUCCUCGACCACCACGUCCCAGAUCACGUCCGAGGCCUCAUCCCCUUAUCGAUCACCUCGACGCGGAUCCGGACGCCCUCAGCGCAUGUAGUCCCAGAAAACGACAUCGACCACCGCAUCGUCUGCCGCGGCCGUGUCUCGAUUUUGAAAAAAUGCAGCAGUUGAAGGCGAGAGCGGUAACGGCGUGGAGACACAGCGGUGAACACGGUAGUGAGCUGUCGGUAUUUUGCUGGUGAAAUUGGCCAGGGGAAUCAAGAAGGGGCACCAUUUGGCCGCCUCCGUCCAUGCCAACCGACAACCGUCAGAUUAUAUUCUGCGGUCCCUGAGCUUUGAUCCUGCGGUUGCGUCCCAGGGUGUUAAAAGUUUCAAGGUAUCAAGGUUUCGCAAGGUUCCAAAGAUUCCAGGGUUGAAUGAAAAAGAACAAAGCGAAAGAUCGGGCCCUUCUCGUUCCCGGAAUCUAUGAUGACGUUACCUUACCUUUAUCCCGCAUGCGGGGCGCACGUAAGCCACCAAAAUAUAUGUAUAAAGGUCUCGCUUGUAAAAAAGAAAAAUCAAAUCUCAUGCAAACGGUUCAUCAAAUAUUAGACGAUCAUCCGAUAAAUAUUGGAUUUACAAGCCGCUGCUGAUUUUAGCGACGACUAGGUGCGCUCGCUUCUCAAAUGGGGGAGAAAAAAAAAAAAAUGAAACAAAAAAGUCAGCUAAGAGGAGAAACAUAGAAUAGAAAUGAAAAGAAGCGAAGAAAGACGAUUUGGGGUGGCGAAAAAACAAUGAGAGAAAAAGAAAAUGCGCAGAGAGUGAUUUGUUAGGAAUCUAAUGGAAAGGGGAAGAAAGAGAAAAGGAAAAAAACGACGAAUCGAUUAAAUCUCAAAAGCCAAGAUGAAAUUGAUCUAAAAAAUGCACCAAAAAAUGAAAAGGAGAAGCAGAAGAGAAAAAGAAUGAACAAAUAUUCAAAUUAACUAAAACUAUAAAUAAAUCUUGUAGGAAAGAAUGAUUUGGAAAAAAAAUUAAAAAAAAAAAAAACGAACAAAUAAAUUACAUGAAUUGAAAGAGGCACAUGGGGAUAAUGACAGACUUUUCUUUUGUAAUUUUUUACCUGGAAAGGAAGUAGCGUUAUAUUUAGCAUGCGGCGGAACGAAAAAUGAAAUAAUAUGAUAUUGAAAAAAAAAAAAAAAAAAUUGAAAAGUAGUAAACAGAAAAAAAAAGGAACUGCACGUAUGUUAUGCUAGAGAAGUGUGUGGGUAUAAAAGUCGUCGUGAAUCGUUGUGAAUCGUUGUGAAUCGUCAAUCGAAUGACGAUAAUUUUUUUAAAUUCAAUAAUUAAAAUGAAUAUUAUAAUGAAUUUAAUUAAGUGAAUUUAGCGUAUAUAUAUAUAUAUGAGUAUAUAUAUAUUAUUAUAACUAAAUAAAUAAUAAUGAAUUAUAUAAAAUAAGACACAUAGAAAAUGCAUAUAUCAUAAUGUACACAUAAAUGGACGAUAACAAAUUGAUUUAUGAGAGGAACAACUGAAAAUAGCGGCGAGGAAAAAGAGGCACAACAGAACAGAAAGAAAUAUAAUUAUUAUGUAUAAUUGAAAUAUAUGAAUCAUAUUAAUCGUACGAUUGCUACACCCAUAUAGUAGUAUAUAUGUAUGUAUAUAUAUAUUUAUAUAAAUAAAUGUAUUAACGUUAUUCUAAUGACGAAGGUACGAUCUAAGAUAUAAACAAUAAAACGUUACGAAAUACAUGCGUAAGUAAAUUUUUAGUAACUUUAGUACCGUCAGUUUCUAUAUACACAGAUAUAUGUAUAUAUAUAAAACAUACAUAUAUACAAUGAACAUCAUAGAGAGUAUUACAUAUUUCAACAAUUCUUAUAACCUACACUUGCUGCUACAGUUAAAAAAGAUAAAGAAAGAAGAGAGAUUGCGAGAAAGAGAGGGAGUAAGAAACGAGAGAAAGAAUCAACCCACCAGAAAGAAUGGAGAAAGAACCGAAUGAAAUUACAGCUACAGCCAUUGAUUUAAAAAAGAAAUAAUAAUCAUAACAACAAAAAAAACAACAAACAUAAAUAAUAAUAUUAAUAAUAACACUAAUCUAAUGAUAAUAAUAAUAACAA